AAUAAUUGGAUAAUAAUGUCACAACCUAAUUUAUUAGACAUAGUUCCCGACCAGUUAUUUCAGAAUCAUUCUAUCGCCGAUAUUGACCAAGUUCAAAAGAAACUACAAUAUGAAAUCGAAAGAAAACGGGAAGAUUUACGUGCUAUGGUUGGUGAACGGUACCGGGACCUCAUCCAAGCAGCCGAUACAAUAGAGGAAAUGAAGAUUACAACAGGUAGUACGCUUAACCACAUCACGGACAUGAUGGUUGCUUGUAGGAACCUCCACAAUACACAUUUGGUUGGAUUUAAGAUUGAGGAUAAACCACCACCGCAAAGUUUUCAGUUAAACACAAACCCGGUUCAUGGAUUAGCUGUGCAAGUAAAAUUAUUAAUGGAAAUACCGGAGAAAAUCUGGAUGUGUAUAGAAGCUGAGGAGUUCGUGACUGCAACACAGCUUUUUAUCAUGGCUCGACACGUCAAUACUGGUCUACAACUACAAAUUGGGGGCAAAAAUAUAAAGCCGAGUAUGCAGUCACUGCAAAGAUUAGUGCAGCAGCAAUGGAAUUCUGUCUCCAACUUCAAUCAAACCAUCAUUGAUGUCUGCAGGCGGAAGUUACAAGACAUUGAUAUUACUGUCGAGGUUGCCUGUUCCUGUUUAGUAAGUUUGUACUUACUAGACUCCCAAACGAUGGUCGAGCUUUUAAACUCUCUAAUAGCUCUUCAAAGCAACAGCAGCCUCAACUCGACUCUUCAGUUCGAUCUUUCUAACAUACUAGAAGGAGACAUCAAAGCCAAGAUCAAGGAGAAAAUUGUGAACGGCGUUAAAAUUGUUUUGAAAACUGUGGUUCUGGUGUAUGCUUGUUUUGUUGAUAAUGAAGGUGGCGCAGUCCUAUCGAAGCUUAGAGAUUUGUUCAGGAAGGACUCACAACCACUUGUGCAGUUGGUACACUUUAGUGACCCCGCCGCGUUGACAUUGUUGCCACCCGUCAUUUCCAACUAUAGAUUGACAUCAAACAAAGACGUUGAAGCUUUACCCAAAGAGGAGAUAACAAAUUGCGUUCAAAAAUGGAGCGUGUGGGUGAAGUCAUUCAUUGACGAAAACGUGAAGACUCUGUUGCAAAACAUCACGAGGGUGAAAGUGCUGCAUGAGAUAAGGGAGGAGGCUUUUAAGAUUGAGACCCCGUCCAAAUGGUCGACCAUCUGUUCGUCACUGGACAUACCAGAAGUGCACAUCUGGUGUUAUUACUUCCAACCAUUGCUCACAUCGCGUGUAAAAUCAAUAAUAGACAACCGAUGGUUAAAAAUAUAUGACUCGUUCAAGACCCAGUUGUUGAUCGACUUGAGUAAGCCUCUUGAGAACGAAGUGGAGAAGGAAGCUGAUAUUAAUUGGUUCGUCUGGAAGGACCUUAUUGGAGAGACGAUCAUUGAGUCAAGAAGCGAUGUUGUCAAGGUCAUGAAUUCGCUUAUGAAAGGCAUGUCUCGCCAAGAUCGCGGCUACACACCAAAUCUAGAAAAACUCUGCUUUACUCUGGACGCCGAGCUACAGAAGCUUCUGGAAGAUCUAAGAAUAUAUCUAUACCGUGAUCGUAAAAUGUCCAGCCCCCGAGACAAGUUGCUGUUUACUUAUGAUGAUGUGGACGACGCUGAUCAAGUGUACAGCGAUAAAGGCGAUAUUGAAUUGUACCUCAGAGAUAUUUCUGAUAAGAAUAUUCAAAGCAUGCUCCAAUACAUAAAAGCGUGUUUCGAAGAACAAACGCUGCAAUCAAACGAAUUGCAACAGAAAACAACAGCCAUCUACACGGCGCGAUUCAUCCAAGCAAUAACCACACUUGCGCCCCAUUUACGUAAGAGUUAUAUUCCUGAAGAAUUUGAUUCUUUAGGAGUUGUCACCAUAGAUGAUAAUGCGUUGAAAAGGUGGAAUGCACUUUGUAGUAAUUUGAAAGAUAAUUAUUUGUACUGUUGGAGUAAGUGGGUGGACAUUGUUAUGACAAAGGUGACGGAGUUGACUGGGCACCUUCCUCAAGAAUUCACAUUGGAGGCCAAUAUUGAUUAUUUAAUGAUGCAAUGGGACGUUAUAAAAAUUGAAGAGAAAGACGAAGAGGGCAACGCGAUAGAAUCGACAAUAAAAGUACCGGCUGGCCCAUCAUUGAAAUUGCAAGAGUAUCUCUACGCCGUCAGCCGUAUUCUAGACGAAGUUGUUCCGCACACGUUACCUUUUGAAAUUCAUACAAAUUUCAUUGAAAAAGUUACUACUAUUACUUUCGAUCAUUACAAUGAAGUAAUUAGAGAGAAAGAAGCAGAUAUAAACCAGAGAUGCGCGCUUCAAUUGUUAAUGGAUGUCCGCCAUUUGACUAUGCUAAUGGUACCAAGGGAGAACAAGAAAUCUAUGGACUUUUCUCACGAAAUUUGCGAGUUUCUAAGGCAGAAAAUAGAUCCAUUUGACUACGACGUGUUCUAUCCUUUUAUACAGACUAAUUUGAAGAGAUCGGUACAGAGGGUACAGACACUCCUGGGCAGCCUCAUCCUCCACCACGGCCAGCUGACCGGCAUCAUCGGCAGCAAGCCGGUGCUGUCGGGCGGCAGCGGCGACAAGGCCGCGGCGCUGCUGGCGCACGGCGACGCGCUCUGGUUCUCGCUGCUGCCCGUCGCCGCGCCGCACGCCGCCCUCAAGAAGCAGGACAAGCCCACAAAGAAGAAACCAGUAUCGUCAAGCCCUAACAAGUCCCGUCCGGAUAUCUCCGAACUGAUGACGGCCUCCCUGCCGAUUAACUUCGCAAACGCACGCUCCGGCGCAGCUUCGUUCUUCUCUAUGACCAGCGAUUGGUUUAGUGGUAGCGGUAGCAACUAUUAACGAGUCUUCUAAGUAGGUGGAUCUAGACAUAUCGUUGAAUGGCUAGGAGUUUCCCAUGUUUUCAUCGCAGAUAAAUCUAUAAUAUGCCAUUACAUUACUGGAUGUAUGCAAAAGUAUUUUUUGACGUGAUAGAUUGAAGUGUACUUAAAAAGGUCACGUCAAAAGUACCUACAUAGAAAAUACAGGCGUCUGUGGAUGGAAUGAUGUGAAUGGAAGCGAGAGGUUGGCAUAUUACUAUGUCUGCUGACGAUAUUUAACUGAAAUAUUAUACUGAAAUUGUUAAUAAAUAAAUACUA